AUGACCUUCUUGGGUAUGUCGUUUAGGAAACAAGAUAUAUCUAUGUCAACCGCCAUUUUGCUUCCUGCAAACGCUCAGUUCAUUCGUAUUAUUGAUCCAACUUUUGAGGAUUUGAUGAACAUGGAGGAGGAAACCCAUUCUCUUGCUGAUGAAAUCUCAAAAGACUCGUUUGCCGCAUUACCUAUUUAA